GCUCUGUUUUAAUAAGAGACAGACACUCAGUAGUCUUUUCUGUGUGCCUCUAUUUAAAUUAGUCUGGCUAUAAUCUUCAGUUGCCCCCCUCCGCCUGUGAGGCUGGUUGUUCCUUCCAACUGGUAAAGAGACGGUUAAGUUCGUGGGGUGGUUGACAGCAGCAUGGACAUCGAUGUGUGUGACCUGUGGCGUUAACUGCAGUGUGAGGGGGUUUGGCUGCUUGACAGAAGAUUGAUGCUCGCCUCUGUUUGAGUCGUUCGCUUCCUGUCGUCUGAAGGAGAAGUUCAGACAGAAACUGUUGCUUGGUUCACACGCUGAUAUAUUUGUUUGCUGAACCAUAAAUGGGUGAAGAAUGAGUCUCCUGCUACUGAGUGACUGAGUGAUUUUUGCCCUGAUGGAGGACGCUUCCCAGCAGCCCCUGCUGACUCUCACCACUGCCUCUGCCUCCUGCUGAAUGUGGAAAGCCUAGGAUGGAAGACCCAGCAAGUGAUGCUCUGAGGCAAUUAAACAACACUCUCAACCUCCGUUAUCUUAACUCCCCGAACACACUAACGCAAACAGCUGCUUCACCACCAUCUCCUCUCAGACAGGGACCACCGCCACUAGUCGAUCACAUUCCAGGAUGUUUCUGAAUUUCUGCCGGGUACGAAAAUGCCAGCGUGUGCAGCUGAUGACUACCUGCCUGUUGCUGUCCGUGAUGAUGGUUUGCUGGGAGCAGCUGGACAACAGUGUUGUCAACCACGUCAAGUCCUACUCCUUCCGCUACCUAAUCAACCGCUUCAGCUACAUCAACAAGAGCCUCACCAUCCCCCGCAACCAAGCCAGAAUCUUCAGCAACUUCCACUACCUGAUGGACCACCCUGAUAAAUGCAUCGGGAAAGAUGUUCUCCUCCUCCUCUUUGUCAAAACGUCCCCAGAGAAUAUUGACAGGCGAAAAGCCAUCAGAUCCACCUGGGGUAACGAGACCUACAUCCAAAAUACCCUGGGAGUGACGGUCAAGGUGGUGUUCGCUUUGGGAGCAGUCCAUAUCAAGAAGACGGAGCCUUUGUGGAGCAAGAGGAGUGGCGUUGGUUUUCAGGAUCAGCUCGCCCAGGAGGAUCGUCUCCAUGGCGAUUUGAUCCAACAAGACUUUCUAGACUCCUUCCACAACCUGACCCUGAAACUGAUCUUGCAGUUCCACUGGAUGCACAGUCACUGCGCACAUGCCCGCUUCCUCAUGACCGCCGAUGACGACAUCUUUGUCCACAUGCCCAACCUGGUGAGCUACCUGCAGGAUGUGAGCAGCAGAGGUGUUAAAGAUUUCUGGAUUGGUCGUGUGCACAGAGGAGCACCACCCAUCCGCAGCAAGGAGAGCAAAUACUAUGUUUCUUUUGAGAUGUACCCUUGGGUGGCUUACCCGGAUUACACAGCUGGAGCGGCCUAUGUUGUUUCCAGUGAUGUUGCGAACAAAAUCUACCAUGCCACGCUGACCCUGAAUGCAUCUAUUUAUAUAGACGAUGUGUUCAUGGGCAUCUGUGCCAACGCCGUGGGCGUGUCACCACAGGAGCACGUUUAUUUCUCAGGGGAGGGCAAGGCACCUUACCACCCAUGUAUCUACGAAAAGAUGAUGACAUCACACGGCCACAUAGAGGACAUUUACGACGUUUGGAAGGCAGCAACACACCCACAGGUGAAGCAUGGGACCUCUGGGCUCAUAGGGAAGCUGUACUGCACAGCUGUGAAAAUGACUCUGCUUUGUAAACCAUACCAUUUUAACACUUACCCCUGCAAAGCAGCCUUUUCCUAGUGUUACUCAAGGCUUGUGUGUGUCAGACUGUGAAUGAGAAUGUGUCAUGCUGUGGAUCAUAACCACGUGAGGGUCACUGCUGUGAAUAUUUACCUCAGUCCUUUCAGCCGGGCAUACAUGUCGAAGUACUGUGUUCUGUGUUGUGAGCGAGACCAGGCGAUUCACGUCACGGUUGGUGUGAGAUCGUCAGUGUGUUUAAUAAUGUUAUCACAAUAAAUUUUCAUUGACACUGUACAAUUUGACAAAAAGGUUCUGAACAUUUACAUGUUGCUCCAGUUCAAAUCCAAGGCUGAUUCAAAUGGCAUUUUCAUCUCAGCAGGCUGAGCAGAGCAGCACUUCCUUAUUGUCCUACACAAGAAGCUUGCCAAAUUUGGUUACACUCUUUGAAAAGGACUGACUUAUUUGUGUUAACAGAAGUAGUUGAUUUGGAUGAUGAUGUGUGGGGAAAAAAAACGUCACCCAGACCAGUGACAGUCACGCAUCUACUCGACUUUUGCUUCUGUGCUGGGAAAGAAAAUGACAUUUGAAUCACAUUUGAAUCACAUUUGUAAAAAUUUGUUUUCGUUUGUUUUUGUUUAAAAAAAAAAAUCCGAAUAAAGCGUGCACUC